GCGACGCUCAGCAAGGGAGCUUGUGUUGUGUCGUGUUCCGUCCUUCGAUUCGCGAUGCAGCGGCCGUGCAGAUGAGCCGGUAUCUCCGUCCUGCUCGCACACACCCCUCUCCCCUGCACGAUGCCGCGCCGGCACCCCCGCACUCUCUGCUCUCUUCUACUUAUUGGCUUCUUCUCCUCGGUGUUCACUGAACCGAGUAGUUCUGAACCUUCCCCUGCGCCGCUAGACGCUGAUAUUUUCCGAGAUGGUCCUCUCUAUCCACCGCUAAAGAAUCCCGUAGACAAUCAAGACACAACCGAACUCAACCAAAACAAUAUAGAAGAUGUAUUUAACCAAGAUGUAGAAAUAAGAAACGUGAACCUCAACGAAAGACUAGAAACAGAACCUCAGAAUGUAUUUGAAAUGUUUGACGAGAAAGACAUGAGUUAUGCUAAGAAUCCUUUUGAUUUGAAUGAUACAGAAAACGGUUUUAUUGUAGCUCCAGGGGAGAAUUCAAAUGAAAGUAGUUUAGAUGAAGAAGCUAGAGUAGAAGAUGAUAAUGAUAAAGAAAGAGUUAAGCGGAGUAGUGGAUGGGAGAAAUCGAAGACUCGGCGAGUAAAAACCGGCGAUACAAUCCUAAAUAUUCGUGGAGCUGUCCGCGAUGCCAUUGGCGAUGCUGGUGCCGCUCCCGGCCCUAGGGCUUCGUCACGAGUGGAUGCCUUUGUGAUCAGGCCGUCGCCGGUAAUGCGAGAUGAGCCCAGAGAUCAAGUGAGAGAGGCCGAGCCUCGCAGAGAGAGGACACAAGCGCCGCAGCCUCAGAAGCUAGAGCGUGAACUGCUUGUGGAGGCUCACACACGCGCGCGGUUACUUUGCGAUUUGGCGAACGUCACCAAUCUCAAAUGGUUUAAGGAUAAUGAGCAAGUCACGUUGGGAUCGUCCCCUGAUGGAGCUGACUCAGCCUACCGAGAUGGGGACGCGGUGGAAAUUGCCCGUGCGGGUCGUAACCACGCAGCCAGGUGGCGAUGCUCGGGGCGCGACAAGUCUGGGCGACCGCUGACAGGACAACCCACUAGGCUUCUUAUAUAUGAACCAGUACGUUCCGUAUAUCUGGCUGUGGACGGGAGACGUCUGGACGCUGGAAACACCUGGGUGCCAGUUAGGGAUAAAACUGUGCUGGAAGUUAGAUGUGUCGCUGAAGGUGGAGUACCCCCACCGGAAUUAACAUGGCGCCUGUUGGCCCUUGAACCGGCGCUAGACCAUAGGCCGUAUUUACGGAUACAACCCACUAACUAUUCUAUGGAUGGUAUGUACUGGUCUCGUGUGGUGGUGACUGCAGCUAGGGAGCUUCAUAAUGCAACCCUACAAUGUGAGGCAAAACAACGAAAACCGGGGAAAGACAAUAGCACCAAACAUUUUGAUGUUAUGACUGCUAAGUUAGAAGUUCAUGUCACUUAUCCACCAUCAUUCGUAAUAUCUCGCUGGCCUGGGUUCGGUGUGUCCCUAUGGGCGGGCAGUCCCGCCGCCCUACGCUGUGACGUUGAUUCCAAUCCUCCCGCUCGCCCACUUUGGACCAGGGACAGUGAUAUUCCACUGCCCCAGAGUUCUCCUGCGCCUACGGACAGCGCGGCUGGAUCGGCAACCCUACGUUGGGCGCGAUUACAGCCAUCCCAUGGUGGAUGGUACCAAUGCCGAGCGACGUGGCUUAACACAGAGUACUCGUCCAUCGGAUACUACCUUAAUGUGCUUUCCCCUGAUGAAUCAAUUCAAACGUCGACGGAGUCAGAUGAGGAGCCUGUACAUCAGAAAGUCGAGGUGCCGCUUGGAGGAAAUGUUCAGCUUCAUUGUCCCAAAGGUAGUGUCGGUUGUUGGUGGCGUCGUGUAGUGGGUAACGCGAGUGAUAACUGGGCCCCGGCUGGGUCACACCACGCCCAUGGAGUGCUUGGUAUAUCAGAGGCAAUGUGGGAGGAAGGUGGCGAGUACAGAUGCGUAGGCGCACGAGCCAGUGAGCGCGCGAGACUACGAGAACUCAAACGAGUCACACUGUCUGUUACCGGCGGUGCAACAGCAAAGAACCUUAACGCUGAAGUACUUGAGAGCGGCUGGCGUUUAACUUGCGGGGUCUGUGGGCGUAAUCUUCGCGUUACCUGGGUGACAUCUGGCCGGUCUCAACCAGCCGUUCUAACCCCAGAUUUGGCCCAGCAUUGUUGGGUUGCUGUCCUUAUAACACCCGACCCAGAAGAGGUCUGGUGUGUUGCUGUCUCGUCUAAUGGCGGUGCUGUUGCUGUAUUUCCUAAGCGUAGCCUUGCUGCAUCACUAUCGCCAGCACGCCAUGCAGUCAGAGCCUUACAUUCAGGGAACCAUGCGAUAAACAUGACCCCGUUAGCGUUCCUUUUAACAGUCUCCCUAUACCUUUUACUACAAAGUUAUUAAUUACUCUGUUCUAAGACCUGAGCGCUCGAUAAUGAAACGCUAUCGCGUUUCAAUCGUCCUGGGAAAUUGAAACCUGUGUAUAAAUUAUAAGGUCACAUUUUGAAUGUGCUUAACAAGUGACAAAGUUAAAAAUUCUAAGGAUUUACUUGAAACGCGAUAGUGGUUUCACUGGUUUCACCUGGCGUAAUAUUCUAAUAGAAACGGCAAAAGUUUCGUACCAAAUUCGUCAAUUCACUGAUAAUAAUAAUAGGUAGUUCCAAAAUAUUUAUUCAAUUAUAUAAUAAGUGGUUUGGAACCACCUUUAAUUAUACUCAGGCAUUUUUGUAUCGAAAUUACCAUAUUUUUACUGAUAAUCCGUGGAUUAUUGUGCAGAUUGGAAAUUUAAUAAAAUUCCUUAAACUUCCUUAAUUUUGUUAAAUUUCCACUUGCAAUUGAAUGUGCUAGUCAUAUGUCGUGAUACGAUUAAUGUUAAUCUUAGAAUUGAUGUCUGUAGGCUUAGUAGUCCAUGUAUAUCUCUUAGCCGCUCUAGUAACUAUCUCUUCUAGGAAAUCGUGUUGUCGCUUAUCCCAAAACAAAACCUGUAAUAUCAAUAAAAAAAUUGUACGUUAUGUCAUUACCACUGAAAUGUAAUGAGAAUUAAAAAAAUGACUUUUAUACAAUUUUAACGACAUCUCUCCGAAGUCUGGUCGAGUAUUAAAACAUCUCUUUUACGCCAAAAUUCGCUCUGUCAAUGUAUAAUUGCCAAAAACCAAUGUUUUAUUAACACACGAAAUUCCUUUUUAUUACUUUAAUCUAAUUGUUCGAUGGUUGUUAAAUUUAUACUCGUGUCUUGAAGGUAGGGUUUACUAAAAAUCUUAUUCAUACUAUUAGCGCUAUCUAUAUAUAUAUAUGUCUGCCUACGAACUUUUCCGCCUACCUUUCAUCUUACGCGUCUGAAGUUUAUCCAUACAAAUUCGAUAGCUAGAAGCAAGUCACGCUUACAGUAAAAGAUUUAAGUCUAGCGCCCAACCACUCGCUUUGUCAUUGACUACGCUAAUAUAAUUCGAAUAUUUUGUCAUAUGCGGCAACAUGAGUUCCAACCCAAAACUUUUCCCAUUUCCUUUUUCAUAUAAAUGUGCCAAAUUGUUAUAUUUUUGUUAGAGACGUUAUAUUGUGAUUUUUUUCGUUAGAAAUUGAAUGGAAUUCAAGUAAAAUGAACACCAAAUAUGUAAGGUAUAAUCGUAGUGUAUGUAAUAUUUGAUAUUUUAUAUAGAUGUCAAUGUAUUAUAGCUUAAUGUGGCAGGUAUAAUUUAAAGCAUUCGAUAUUUGAAUAAAUUGCUAAUGAAGGUUUUAUUCCUUCUCGCUCUAUUGUUUUUGGUAAGUUCUAUCAUUUAAGAGUUAUGAUGCUGCGUCUGAAUUCCGUCAAAACUCAUGAUCUCUGAAGUUCAUAUAUGAAUUGACGCGUCAUAAAACUGAAGUGAUCACCCUCAGAGCACUCUCAAAAAUGCAAUAUUUGACAAAUUUGUAAAUUAUUAUUGAGGGCUAUGUGAAUAUUUCUAAAAAUAUAGUUAUCCUGCCACCUGUAUAUUUCGAUGUCAAUUUUAUAAGUGUGUCAAGGCGCCAUUUUGUAUGAAAGCGAUUUGCUAACACAAUUUUUGCAACAAUCGUAUUGUUAAGAGAAUAUAUCAAUUGUUCAAUGUUAAAAUGUUAAGUAGAACCCUUUCCGAUUUCAUACUUCAUUAACGUGUAAAGUUUGCAGUAAAAGUAAAAAAAAAUUAAAAUAAAAAAAAUAUUUUUACAAGGAUAAUAGAGGUUCCCCUAGUAGAGGUCCUACAAAACACAACGCAAUAUAUACUAUGUAUAGAUGUUAAAGAGUAAGGAAGGUAUAUACAUCCCUGCCGAACAUUUGACUCCGUAUUAGUGUUACUA